UAUCCUGUUCAUCUUCAACCUGGGAUCAUCUUCAUUUUCUGCCUCAUUUAAUUCUACCCCUGCCUUGCUGAGAAGGUGCCUGGCUUGGAUAUAGUUGUCUAAUCGUUUGCUGCUGGAGACCACUACAAAUUCAUGGCAUCUAGUCACAACUUACCCUCAUGGUUCCACUUUAAAAAACAAAACAAAACACUUUAUUUUCCAUCUUAGAAUCAAUACUGUGUAUUGGUUCCAAGGCAGAAAAUCGUCAAGGGCUAGGCAAUGGGGCUUAAGUGACUUGACCAGGGUUACACAGCUAGGAAGUGACUGAGGCCAGAUUUUUCUCUCUCUAAGUUUGGCUCUCAAUGCACUAAGUCACCCCCUCAGAGAUGCAUGUUAAUCACUUGAUCCCUGUCGAAUUGACUCUAGCAUAGUCUCCAAAGGAGCUGUUUCCAAUCUUUUCUUUCUGUGUCUUUCUCUCUCUUUGUUUCUGUCUAUUUGUCUGCCCCAAUUCUCUACCUCUACCCCAUUCCCACUUUUCUGUUUUGUUGAGAAUUCUGACCCUGGCUGUCAUGAAAUUUCUAGUCUCUCCUCCCUCUAGACCUUGAAACUUCCCUCAAAUCUCUCUUUUGUUCUCAUCUUCAAGAAUAACUUGAUGUGUUCACAGGGCUGCAAUUUUUGUUUGGAAUCUUUGCUUGUCUACACCUCUUCCUAAUGGGUAUGGACAUUUUUCUUGGCACCUUCUUAAGACAAAAGGAUGGGGGCAGCUGAGUGGCUCAGUGGAUUGAGAGUCAGGUCUAGAGAUGGGAGGUCUUGGGUUAAAAUCUGACCUCAGACACUUCCCAGCUGUGUGACCCUGGGCAAGUCACUUGACCCCCAUUGCCCAGCCCUUACCACUCUUCUGCCUUGGAACCAAUACACAGUAUUGACUCCAAGAUGGAAGGUAAGGGUUUAAAAAAAAGAAGACAAAAGGACAUCCCUUGUUAAAGUCUUAAUGACAGGGUCUGUGACAAGGUAGAUUGGACGUUCUGGAGCUGCUCCUUGGCACCUUCCAGGGCAAUGGGUUUCAGUGCCUGUCAUCUACAGAAGUGAGCCAGCAGACCUCAGCCCUUUGGUCUUCUCCCUUUCUUCUUCAGAGACUGUGAAAGAGCUAAAACAGAGGUUAGGUCCUUGGAGCAGAGGGGUGAAUGGCUCUCCCCUCCAGGAGCACUUUCCUUAUCAGUCCUCCUUCCAUGUCUAAGAUGAGACCAGAGAAAUCAUAGCCCCAGAGUCAUUCCCUCCUUGGAACAUGAGAUCUCCUUUUGUGUUGGAGUUUGCUUUGAGCAACCUGAGUAUCUGGAAACACGGUCUGUAAAGUAUAACUUAGUCUCCUAGUCAUAUCAAGUUAGGGCCAUUCUUCCAGAGGAGAGGACUUUUAAUAGUUUGAAUAAGAGACAUUUCAAGUGCCUCGUGUUGGGCAUUUUAAUCAGCUUCUCCAAAGAAAACAGAUUAAAUAAUACAGUAGAAUCCAACGAAAGGAAAAGCAAAAGAAAAAAGGUAACAACAAACACUUUCUUCCAACCCUGCCGACAGUCUUCCCAGUGGAAUCAGUCUAUUCUGAUAAAAGGAAAGAAAGCCUGGUAGGGGGCAGCAGAAUUAGCCUUGGAGGCUAGGCUUUCACUCACUCCAUUUCUGUGAGGGUUUUGUUGUUUUACCUGAAUCUGAACAGCUCUGGCCAGGAGCAGGGAGCCUGACAAAGUUCUGAGUAAACAGCCACAGACAGAUAGGUGUCCCAGAGGCAGCUAGCCAGCCUGGACUUUGCCCUGAUUAAUCACUCCAGGAGAGGCCAGGCAGUUGCAAAGGUGACUGUGAGAGAUUGGGAGAGUCAGGGGACAGGUGGAUGUGGCAGCUGGCCUUUGGCAGUGUCUUCCAGGAAAGGAGAAACAGACCCAUUUGAAGGAGGGCUCGAAAGUUACUGAAGUUGGAAGGUGGGGAUCCGAUCUGAGCUGGUGAAUGCACGGAAGAUAAAGUAGAUAGAACACUGAUUCAAUUGAAACAAAGAGAAACUCUGGAGACAGUUGAAGAUGGAGCCCUGGGUUCCCCCUCCACAGCCCCAACCCCAAGGGAAGCCUGUACCACAGCCUAAGGGGCUUCAGAGGGGUGGCUAUCAUAAGCCCAUCAUCCCUGAGAAAUUCUACCAGUGGUCAGACCUUCGAGGUGGCCCUCCACCAUGGCCAGAUCAGCAGACAGGUUACCAGCAGCCAAGUCAUCUGUAUAGGCCAGGGGGUCAGCGAAGAACUCAUUCUGGGACUGAGUAUUAUGAAGGUGGUUAUCCUGGUCAGCUAUAUCCCAGGUCAGGAUAUGAGAAUCCAUAUCAGAAUCAUCCUCCUAUAAACAAAAGGGAAGACUAUACCUAUGGAAGUUAUUAUCAUGGACACCCACACCUACUGAAAGAAGAACGAGUUCCAAGGCAGGGGAGUCCCUACACCAGGCAUGGAGAUUAUAGGGACCAAAACCCCUACAGUGACUACCAUGAGGAAAGACGGAGCAGCCCAUUUGGAACAAAUGGUGAAAUCCAGUUUCGGUCUAAAAGUUAUGAUAUGUACAAAGAAAAUUCAGUUUCUGACUCUGCUGGGCAAGAAAAGCCUGGGGAAGAAGACCUACAGCAUAGCAAGCUGGAAGGGUCCAAUGAGCUACCAUUGGCCAGCGAGUCCAGUUUGCUCCAGCAGUAUAAGGAGUCGGGUCUUAGCUCCAGCAGCUACGAGCUAAGCCAGUACAUGUUGGACUCUCCUAAUCAAUAUGAUUCUACCCCUUUCAAGACUUGGAGUCCUGUUCAAACAAAAGACGCAGCAGUUGGACCUGUGGACCCUAUGAAGUUCUUCAUCCCUCAUACACCCGUUUGCUUUGGGCCAGGAGGUCAGUUGAUACUGGUGUGUCCCAACUAUCCAGCCGAUGGACAGACAGCACUUGUGGAAGUACACAGUUUGGAGGUUCUCCUUAAUGACACUGGGGAACAAGAGGAGCUAAGAGCUUUCUCAGGACCGCUGAUCAGGGAAGAUGUGCACAAGGUGGAUGUGAUGCUCUUUUGCCAGCAGAAGGCAGCUUUGAGUUGCAAGGCUGAGACACCAAGUGGUAGAGACUUGGCCCUGCUCUGGAAGUUGCUGGUCCUCCUUUGUCGUCAGAAUGGAUCAAUGGUGGGGUCAGAUGUAGCUGAGCUGUUGAUGCAAGACUGCAAGAAGCUGGAAAAAUAUAAGAGACAAGCCCCAGUUGCUAACUUGAUCAACUUGACUGAUGAUGAUUGGCCAGUACCGAGAUCUGGGACACCCAACCUUCUCACUGGUGAGAUCCCACCCAGCAUAGAGACCAAAGCCCAGAUUAUCGAGAAGUUCACUAAACUGCUCUUUUAUGGAAGAAAGAAGGAAGCUCUGGAAUGGGCCAUGAGGAACCAUCUGUGGGGCCAUGCCCUCUUUUUAUCCAGCAAGAUGGACCCGAGGACGUACAGCUGGGUGAUGAGUGGUUUCAUUAGCUCUUUGGCUCUCAACGAUCCCCUGCAGACUCUCUUCCAGCUCAUGUCCGGGAGGAUUCCCCAGGCAGCCACGUGCUGUGGGGACAAGCAGUGGGGAGACUGGAGGCCACAUCUGGCAGUAAUGCUAUCCAAUCAGGCUGGAGACCCUGAAUUACACCAGCGAGCUAUUGUUACUAUGGGUGACACCCUAGCUGGGAAAGGGCAAUUGGAGGCUGCUCACUUCUGCUACUUGAUGGCCCAUAUGCCUUUUGGUCACUACACUGUGAAGACAGAUCACCUGGUUUUGCUGGGCAGUAGCCACAGUCAGGAGUUUUUGAAAUUUGCAACAACUGAGGCCAUCCAACGGACGGAAAUCUUCGAAUACUGUCAGAUGUUGGGACGCCCCAAAUCCUUCAUCCCUUCUUUCCAGGUAUACAAACUGCUUUAUGCUUCCCGCCUGGCAGAUUUUGGUCUCACAUCCCAGGCAUUGCAUUAUUGUGAAGGUAUCAGCUCAGCCCUCCUGAACCAGACAGAGAGCAGCCACCCUGUGCUAUUAGCAGAACUCAUCAAGUUAUCAGAACAACUGAAGCUGUCAGACCCUCUGCUCUUGGAAAGACGUCAUCGAGGGAAAGAUCAAGAACCUGAAUGGUUGGUAAAGCUUCGAGAAAGACAAGAGGAACUUAAGUAUGUGAAAAAGGCAGAAGAAGACCUUGGUGAUCCUGAUUUCAUUUACACAGAUAUUUUAAAAGCCAGACAGACAACAGCAGAAAACUCUUUCUACCAAGAUCCCUAUCAGGGUCAGGGCUACUCAGAACCCCUCAGAUACCCCUCAUUCACACAGCUUCCACCAGAAGGAACAAAUCCGAGUCAGACAAAUAUGCAGCAGCCCCUUCCCUUCCAGUCAGUCCUGAAUCCUUCUGGGGAAGGACCAGGGCAUCCAGGCACAUCAGUGCCUCUUUAUGCCAGUCCAGAGAUGACAAUGACAGUGUCUUCUGUAAAACUGCAGCCAGAGGAAGAUCAGCAGGCACCCCCUCCCCCUGAGGAUAUCCCAGAAUCCCCCAAAUCAUACCAAUACCAGUACCCUGAGAUUCAAAAGGCCUCGGUAACUCCUAGGGUACGAGGUAUUUCGGAGAGUUCCACCAUUUCUUUGGAUGAAGAAAAAGAAGACUCUUCAGAUGAUGAUGAAAAGAAAGCUGCUGAAGAUAAUGAAAAGGGCAAGAAGGAAUCUGGAAAGGAUGAAAAGGGCUCUGGAUUUGGAUGGUUUGGUUGGUUUCGAUCAAAGCCUGCUAAGAAUGUGGAGCCUUCUGUGGAAGAGGACUCCUCUGACAGCCCUGACUCUGAGGAGUCAUCCACUGAAGCUCAGGCUCCCUUGGCUAACACAACCCCCUCUGGACCAUCGAAUCCAUUUUUUCUGUCUCAGCCAGAUGUCAACACUUUCUCUAGAAGUCUAGGUGAGAGUGAAAGAAGAGGAUCCAUGACUAAUAAAAAUCUGCCUGGGAUGGAGGCUGCCCCUCACGAGCUUCAUUUCAAUCCCAGUCGUCUACCUCCUCCUCCCACCUUAGGAAAUGCCGUUCCUCUUUACAAUCCUUCUCAGGUGCCUCAGCUCUCCGUAACCACAAGUGUGAAUCGGCCAAAUCGCCUAGCUCAGCGGCGCUAUCCAACUCAGCAAUGACAGGAAUAACUUAGCACAUCUUUUCUGGACUUUAGUUUUUCUCCCCCAUGGCUGGAACACAAGAUAAUGGUUCUGUCUUUAUAUCUGGCAUAUUUUCUUAACCUCCCAGCCCCAAUGUCUUUAUUUGCCCUCUUGGGAAGCUAUGGGGGUCCUUAUUACCAGAUCAUUAUCUCCACAAAGACACUGGAAGGCCGGGAUUGUGGCCUGGAUCAUUAUUUGUUGAACUGCUUCAAACAAAUAGAAGGGUAUUGCUUCAAAGGGGAUGUGUGUGUAGGAAACCCUUGGUUUAAAAACAUAUUCUUAGUGAGCAGAAAAGUGCCCUGAAAUCUCUCUGUGAUGGUUAUGUCUGUCUCAGGAAACCAAGGAUACACAGAACCAUUUGCUAGAAUCAUUUACACUUGGUGGAGUUAGGAAAUUAACCAUAGGGGAGAAAGAUGGAUUUGCUAUUGAAUAACUUUUUAUCUAUACUUAAGUUCCAAGAUGAAAUUCAUUUUUUUGGUUGUUGUUGUCUAUUUAUUUAAUUAAUUAAUUUAGAAUAUUUUUUCCAUUGUUACCUGAACCAUGUUCUUUUCCUCUCCACCUCCCACUCCCUCCCAUAGCCAAUGCACAAUUCCAUUGGCUUUUACAUGUGCCAUUAAUCAAGACCUAUUUCCAUAUUAUUAUUAUUUGCACUAGGGUUAUUGUUUAGAGUCUACAUCCCCAAUCACAUUCCCAUUGAACCAUGUGAUCAAGCAAUUGUUUUUCUUCUGUGUUUCUACUCCCACAGUUCUUCCUCUGAAUGUGGAUAACAUUCUUUCUCAUAAAUCCCUCAGAAUUGUCCUGGAUCAUUGCAUUGCUGCUAGUAGAAACGUCCAUUAUAUUUGAUUGUGCCUCAGUGUAUCAGUCUCUGUUUAUAAUGUUGUCCUGGUUCUGCUCCUCUCACUCUGCAUCAAUUCCUAGAGGUUGUUCCAGUUCACAUGGAAUUCCUCCAUUUCAUUAUUCCUUUGAGCACAAUAGUGUAACAGAUACCACAAUUUGUUCAGCCAUUCAUCAAUCAAAGGGUAUCUUCUCAUUUUCUUAUUUUUUGCCACCACAAAAAGUACAACUAUAAAUAUUUUUGCACAAGUCUUUUUCCUUACGAUUCCUUUGGGGUAUAAACUCAGCAGUGGUAUGACUGGAUCAAAGGGCAGACACCAAGACUAAAUUUUUAAGAUGUUAUGUAGUUAAAGAGACAGUCUUUGAGUCAGGAAGCCAUAAGUUCAAGUCUUGUCUCUGCCAUCUACUAUCUGGAUGACCCUUGGAAAGUCACCCAAUCUCUUAGUACUCCAAGGAAUUGUCCAACACUGCAGGUGGUAGGUGAAAUACUGAUCUACUUUGCUGUAUGGGAUUUUUAUGCAGGGAGUUUGUCUUCUCGAUUCCAGAACACUGCCACCCCCUUCCUAAAAAUAUCCCAAUAUAAGUUAAGAUCAGGUAUAUGCCAAUAAUGUAAGAUAAAGGCUUCAUGUGGAAGCCUUUAAAAUAUUUCAUUUUUAAAAAUUUCCCUGGCCUUCACUGCUUGGGGAUUUUAUCAUGGUCCCAGCUUCUUAUGUCAUUUCUCCAAGGUCAAUAGUAAUUUCUUAGUUUUGGCAAUUAUAUAUUGUUCUUUAGAUAUUUUCAUGUGGCAAUGGCCUCAUUGUCCUACAGGAGAAUGAAACAAAUAGUUGUUUUUCCCAUUAUAAAACUUUGGAAAGCUUUCCAGUUGAUUAUUUCAUUUGUUUAGCUAACUUAAUGGGAUUAGCACCAUUUUCUUUUUUUUUUUUUACCUCCUAAUGACUGCUUCCUCUGCAAAUUACAUUGAAUUAUCUGUAUUUGUAUUCAUAGGAAGAGAUUCCCAGAUCAAAUAAUCAUGGAUCAAUAGCUAGAAGGGACCUCAGCAGUCAUUUAGUCCAACCUCUCAGUUUACAGGUGAGGAAACUGAGGCCUGGAGAGAUGUAGUGACUUGUCACAAAUCACGAAGAUAGUAAGUGGCAGAAUCUAGAUUUGAACCCAGAUCCCCCUGUUUCUAAAUCCAUCAGUCUUUUUAACCCUCUGGUAUAGAAUGUAAGCCCUUUUGGGGUGUAGAAAGGAAACAAGACUGACAGUUUGUGGGGGAAGGGCCCAACUGGGAGUGGCAGUUGGGUCUUGUGACUAGCACUUCCUUCCUGCAGGGUGUGGCAGUUGGGUCUUGGACUAGCACUUCCUUCCUGCGGGGGUGGUCUUGCUUCCAGGUAUUGGAGGAGAGAGGAGCUUGUUCAGCCCAGUCUGGAGUGGCAUGCUCUUCUUGGUUCAGCCCGAAGACACAGGCUUCUGAAGGUUAGAAUUGUUCUUGUUUGCUUUCUGUCUACUGCUAAGAUUCUGAAUUAGAACAAUGAGAGUAGAAGGGAGUGGGACAAACUCUCUGCCAGCCUCUAGGGCCUGGCCUCAGGUCUGAAACUGUGAAAAAACUCCAAUCCCAACUAGUUAUUAAACAUUAUAUUAUUUGAAUACACGGUCAGAUAAGUGGACUAUCUUUUCUGGUCAUAGAGGGAACUGAACUUCAGUUUCAGUCAUUCAAAGACAAACAGACCUCUUUGGACCCCUACGGUUUACUCUCAGCUGGGGGCAUCUCCCUCCCCUGCUUCACCAAGCAGUGUUUCCUCUCUCCCCUCUCUCUCUCCUCCAUACCCUGCUACAAACCUCCUUUUAUCCCCUGUUUUCCAAUCUUCCUAUUUCCUUUCCCGAUAAGUAUUACAGGGAACAGGAAUGACUUAUUUCAGAAACAUUUAUUAAGUGCCUACUAUUAAGUACCAGGUACUAUGCUAAGGACUUCUAUCCCUCAAGCCUAGCACAAAGGCGGUAAUUCAUAAAUUCUCAUUGAAUUGAUGGGAACUUUUUUGAAAACAGGGUAUGUAGUCUUAAAAUGCUUCUAUUUCUCUUUACUCAGCCUGUUUAUUCAUAGUCUAGUGCUUAGGUUAUUAUAGGCACGGUGGGUCACAGUGACCACAGUCGCCAAAUAAUACCACUGGUUAGAAAAUCAGUAGAUAGAUGGUGGGAACAUAUUUUUUAAGUCGAUUUUCUCAUGAAGAGAGGACGUACCCAUAGCUGUUCCCUUCCAUUUGAUACCUCAAUCCCUCUCUCCUUCCUUUCUUAAGACAUUUUGAAUCCAGAGAGCCAUUGGGAGAAGAUGGGAAUAUCCAAGAGUCCCUCCAUUUCCCACUUGAAACCAAAACUAACAUGGCUCUCAUAGAGAUCAUUUAGCAGUGACUUCCUGUCCUCUCUCUUAGAGGCAACGCCUACUAUCUGUAUUUCCUUGUGGUGGUACCUUACCAAAAACAUGUUUGUGUUUCUAUUGUUCUAUAAUAGCAAUUAUAUAUAUAUAUAUAUACAUAUAUAAUAUAUAUAUAAUGAGUUAUAGAAACAGGUUGGGGUAUGUCAUAAAUAAAGUGUAAAGUAUUAUGUACAAUCUUUUGUAUUUAGAUGUAAUAUUGAUUCUGCUGGAAAAAAGAGAUUAAAUUCACAUAAUUUUAUAAUAAAUGCUUGUUUCUCGUCUCUGAUCUUUGCAAAGGAAAAAGUGUAGGUAAGUGGUCUUAUCCUGACAGGGCUGGUCCUUCAGUUUUUUCAACUCUACUGAAAUGGAGAUGGAAAUGAUUUUAAUAGGGCUGACUAAAUGCCCUAAAAAACUAUUGUCAUAAAGCUUCCACUUUUAGAUCUUAAUUUUAUAGUUAGUCCUAAAGGUGGGGUUUAUUAACUCUUUAAAGGCAAAACAUAACACAAAUACAAAACAAAAAGCUGCCCUUGCAAUUCAGGUGCACUGCCACCCAAUGAUGCUAUUGCACCGUGGAUCCUACAGGUUAAGGAAAGGCAAGAUGGAAGACAGGAGAGUUAGAGAGAUGAACAGGACCUUAGAGAUGGCUUCAUCCAAUCCUUGCAUUUUAUACACAAGGAAAAUUCUGAUCUUUCUUGGACUUGUAUUGUACAAUGGAUUUUUGAUUUCUUGUAUUUCAAAAAUAAAUAUUCAUUGAAAUGA